CCAUACACCCCCCAGUACACUUCAACAGCCGUCUAGGCUUUCAAACCAACAAGGUCUAUCUCGGCGAUCGAGCAUCAGGUCUUGUUGGAUUUUGAUAAAUACCUGGGGCAAUCAUGGAUACCGCAUGGCGGGCAUGGGAGCUCGACAAUAACGUCCAGCUUGUAGAUGCUCAUCGCGAUGCGUUGUAUUCAUAUGACCCUACCGAGCAGAAAGCUAUCAAUGAUGCUAAGCCAUGGAAAACCAAUCCUCGCCAUUUCAAAAAUGUCCGAAUUUCCGCCGUUGCUCUUCUGAAGAUGGUGAUGCAUGCCAGAUCAGGAGGCUCCGUUGAAAUUAUGGGGCUGAUGCAAGGCAAAAUCUCUGGUGAUACAUUCAUUGUCACCGAUGCCUUCCGCCUGCCUGUUGAAGGAACUGAAACGCGAGUCAACGCCCAGGACGAGGCAAACGAAUACAUGGUGGGAUACUUGGAAGCCUGCCGUGCUGCAGGAAAGAUGGAGAAUGCUGUUGGGUGGUAUCAUAGUCACCCUGGCUAUGGAUGCUGGCUGAGUGGUAUUGAUGUUGGUACCCAAGCAACCCAGCAACAGUUUUCAGAUCCCUUCUUGGCCGUUGUGAUAGACCCAGAUCGCACAAUUUCUGCUGGCAAGGUUGAGAUUGGCGCCUUCAGAACCUUCCCCGAAGACUACAAGGAGGAAGGAAAUGCAUCGAGAGACGGGUAUCAAACGAUUCCUCUGGCGAAGGUAGAAGACUUCGGUGCCCAUAGCAGCCGCUAUUACUCUCUGGAAGUUACCCAUUUCAAGAGCACACUCGACUCGCACCUGCUGGAGCUAUUGUGGAACAAAUACUGGACGCAGAAACUCAGCCAAAACUCCCUCUUUACCAACCGUGACUACAGUAGUAAGCAGAUGCUUGACUUAAGCUACAAGAUUAGCCAAGCCACCUCAGCCACGUCACGCGCGAACAAGUUAACAGUCGGACCAGGCAUUCCUCGAGCAGCUGACCAAGAGAUGGAAAAAAUCUCAAAGGACAGUAAAAAGAUCGCCGGAGAAGUUAGGAUUGGAUUAAUGGCUGGUGAAGUCAAAGCGCAGCUUUUCAAUGGAGUCGGAAGCGCCGAAAGUACCAAGCAGGCGGAUGUGAAUUCAGGUGGCGGACAGUAGCUGCUGGCUCAAAUAGACCUGAGACCAGGCAAAGAUGAUGGUGCACUUCUACUAUGAAAAUGGGGUGACGGCUCUUUGGCCUGUUAAAUUGAUGGCAUAGCGCGGCGUACGGAGCGAUUGACCGAAAGGUUGAGUGUUUUAUAAAGACCGGAGACUGAGCAUAUUUACAAUGAAUCAUCUUGCCCA